AUGAAUGGGAAUGGGCCUAAGGGAAAUUCCAAGGGAAAGUCCAAAUCUAAGCGAGCAGAUCCGAAUGUUACAUACAGCAGUGCCUCAAGUAUCUCUCCUUUCAAUCUUGAGACGGAACCCAGUGGUGCAAAUCACUGGGCAGAUGAUCGUGGGGAUUCCGCUUUGGUCCAAGAUAUCAAAGCAGCCAUGCCGAUUGAGGCACAAUUGCGAAGUAUGCCUAAGCUUGUUGCUCAUGAGUGGAAUGCUCCGGUGGUGCCAUAUCCUCAGCUUUCCGCCAGCGGGGGAAUCAGUCUUGUGCCCAAGAAUUGCAUUGCCAGUGUUAUCAGACAAGUCGGAUUUACAGCUCAGGCCACAGCCAUUUGCAUUACGCAGGCACCUAGCACGUUGGGUUUGGAAUCAUACCCACACUCACAGGUCGAUCUCACCAUUCUCGUUCGUGAAGGUCCAGAAGAUCGCGAAGUGCGAGUUCAGCGAUGGGUGGUUCAACUCGGUUUCACUUCGCAUGUGUCGAGAAUCGCGGAGGGUCCUAGCAUUGAGAUUCCACAAACCAUGGCGCGAAUGGUGUGUAAACAACCCGAGGAAUACGGAUGGCCAGCACAAGCAAGAGCAUCUAACAUUACCACUGUUUUGGAAAAGCAUGGAAUACCUUUGUUGGCCAUUGCAGAAGUUCAGAUCAGGUCCGACAUUACCACGAUAUUCAUGGCUCAUGAGAACAUGGUUGAGAAAAUCCUUCGUAUCAGCGGUGCAUCGGGCACCUUUUUCAAGGUUCAUCACAGCAGUCAAGAUGAUCAAACUGAGCUUGAGCAGUUGCUUAUUUGGUUGCCAGACAGCAUUUCUCUACAGGGGGCCCAAAAGAUGUUGGAAGGCAUGGAGCAUUUGGGGUUGGUAUGCAAGCGUAAAUUUGCUCCACAUCGUUUGGGAGUCAGGUUUGCCACCCAGCAAGAUUUGCAAGUGUUCUGCAAAAAGCACCGUCUUGAGGACAUCACGUCACUGGGUCGAUGGAAACUUUAUGGUCUUCCUGUAUCGGCCGGUUUGCAAGGAGCGUUUGAGCUACUCAAAAAACGGGGUUGGAAUGUUCACACCAUCGAGCACCACGACAGCAAGAGCCUUUCAUUCUUGGCGGCGAUGUGCGGUAAGGACGAGCCCCUCCAGUUCAAAUCAUCCCGUGAUCAUGCCGUACAAAUUCGUUUCAAAGCCAUCAAUGGGGUUGCGAAAAAGCUUGCGGCGGCCAAAAAUGCAGCAUCCCAGACUCCCAUGGACACAGACGUUCAUGAUCCUUCCAGGGCCAGUGUGCUUGGCAAACAGCAACAUGCUUUUCUCGGUAUGCUUACUCCGCGUAAGCCUCAGGAUAAGCGUCAUCAUGAGUCCACGGGUGAUACGCCAGACCUUCAGAAGCAGCGCGCCAAUCCAGGUGCGCAUAUCGAGCAAAAUGCUGUGAUCUUGUACAACAUGUACGGGCCAGCAGGAGCACGUGAAACUGCUUCCGCCAAAAGGACGUUGCGACUUCUACUCCAAGCAGUCACUGAGGACGCCGCGACUCGUUCGUUGCCUUCUAUCUUGGUGGGGGAUUUCAACGCUGAGGUGGAGGAAAAUCAGUACAUGCAAACCCUGCUGCAAACAUACUGGCAUGAUGUUGCUGUGGUCGGUAGCGGUGAGACUCGUAACACUUGUAACAAAGGUUCUGGCUCGCGCAUUGAUCACAUCUGGUGCUCGCAAGGUUGUUCCUCCAUGAUGCUUCAUUUUGAUCUUCAUCCCACUCCUUUCACUCGCAAAGGCCAUUGUGUUCUGGAAGUCGCAAUGGACAUUCCUUAUCGCGCAAAGCCGAGACUUACACCUCGAAGAUCGUGCUCUUUUGACCACUUGAAGGCUCCAGACGCUUAUUGUCAUCUGCGCAUGCCUCAAUCAUUCGAGGAAGCUUUACGACAUCGUGAUGUCGAUUCUGCGGCUGCAAUCUGGUCAAAACAAGCUGAGCAGGGCGAACUUGAACCCCUUCUCCGAGGCGCUCCAAAUGCGGAGAUUGCUGAGGCCGUGGCCAAGCUCAUUCAACGCGUUAUUCAACAUGUGGAAUAUCAACAAAAAUGGCAUCGCUUGAAGCUUUGGAAGCAGCAGAUGCGGAACAAUGUCAGUGCGUCCUCUUCUUGGCGAAAGAAACAGCAAGCACUCAAGGACAAUCCGUAUUUACGCGAUCACAAACAUUAUUCUUCUGUUGUUAUGAAGGUCGGCAAUGCUUUCACCAUCGACCCAUCUCGACAACUUCGUUCACUAGUACAAGAAUGGGACAAAGUGUUCGGUAAACACCGUAAGAACCCUCCUACGACUUGGGCUUUUGUUCAACAUUAUGGCCCUUUCCUCAAGCGGGAGCCUCAUGACCUUGACGAGCUGCAGCAACAGGACAUUCUGGAAACGGUGUUAUCUUUGAAGCCCAGUGCGGCGGGUUUGGAUGGUUGGCGGCCUCAGGAUUUAAGACUGCUGGGAAACACAUGCCCACAGCUCUUUCAGUACCUGGCACGGCUUAUGAACAUGUGUGAAAAACUGGCUACUUGGCCUCGCAGCUGGACUGUGGGAUAUGUGGCAAUGUUGCCCAAAAACUUGAACUCGCAAGGACAAGUAGAAAGUGCAUAUGACAUGAGACCAAUUACUGUACUAAGCGCAUUAUACCGCUUAUGGAGUCGCACUCGCUGUCGACACAUCAUGCCGUGGAUUCUCCGUAUACUACCUCCCGAAGUCUACGCACUACGUCCAGGGCAAGGUGCCGAUGAUUUAGCAGUUGAUGUGAGUUAUUUGUUGGAGGUUGCCGAAAAAGAUGAUCACUGGAGCGCUGGACUGUCAUACGACUUUUCCAAAUGCUACGAUCACAUCCUUCCCAACCUUGCCAUCGACACUUUAACUUACAGAGGAGCUCCUCUGUCGGUCAUACAGGGCUUGCGGGGCUUUUACAAGUCCCACAAAAAGCACUUCAAACUUGGUCAGGCGUUCAGUGAAGCAUAUACUCCAUCCAAUGGCAUCAUACAAGGAGAUCCUUUGAGCAACAUCCUUUUAGCCAGUCUGAUUGCAUGCUGGUUGGAACGGUUACAACACGGUCACUUUGGUCAAGCUCGCGCGAAAAUUGUGCCCAAGGCCUAUGUGGACGAUAUUUCUGCAACUGUUAUUGCCGAGGACCUACGACAUUUACGUGCAGGAUUGCGCUCCACGCACGAAACCGUGCAAACUUUUUCGACACUCUCUGGUAGUAAGCUCAAUCCCGGCAAAUGUUUCACGUAUGGGGAUCCUCAUGUUGCCAAUCUUCUGCCUGACAUACCAAAUCACAAAGAAGCAUUUCGACUCGUCGGAGGAAGCAUUGUUUGUGGCACCGCAUCGUCAUGGACAUCACUUAUGCAACAACGCGUGGACGGCUGGUUGGCAUCAGUUCGGGCUUGCAGUCUUCUUCCGCUUGGAUGGCGAGCCAGGCUUCUCGCACAACAACAAUUGAUGAAUCGGUUAACAUGGGGUCAAGGUACUCAUGAUCUUUAUAUUCCGCAAUCGCGCAUUACGACCAUGCGAGCCUCGAUGACGCGAGCACUUCUUCGCAUCAGCUACUACAGCCUCACGCCCAUGGUUCUGUACACUGUAGUCGUUAUGCCCACUUUGGAACCGCUUUUUGCCAUGAACUUUGCCGCUCUACGAUCACUUCAGCGAUUCUGCUCCAAAGCUCCCCAACGCCAAUAUAUCAACAACAAUCUUCAUUCUGUCCCCGGACAACAGAAAGGCCCUCUACGUCGUGCCCAGCAACUGUUUUCGGACCCCGUUUACAGACCUGCAGUCCAACAAAUUUUACAAUUAUCCGACAAGGAUCGUUCCUGGGAACAUAAUCUCCGUGAACGUUGGCGUGAACACCAUCUGCGACAAAUUCCUCACUCACGUCAAGAUUUCCAGGGCAUUGAGCGGGCGGACAGGACAAAAGCUACAGCUCUUCUUCAUGAUCUACAUCUGCAAUCCGAUGGCUUGCAGCUCCUUCUUGAUCGCGGCAUUCCGGGCCCUCACUUUGAAAAAGAUCCUAGACCGCGAAGCAAAAUCCUCAUUUACAUCUUGACGGGUGGCCUCAUGUGUCCUUCACGCGAUGGUCGUCAUAGACAGCAACAGUCUGUGCUCUGUCCAGUAUGUAAAGUGCCCAACGAAGUUUUACAUAUUCACUGGAAUUGCAAGCGUUACAGCGCUGAAAGGGCUCCAAUCCAACAUCUGAGGCAGCGCAUUUUGCGCAGCCCUCAGUGCUUUCGUUAUGCCGCCAUUCCCACAACCCGUAUGUCUUUCACGCUCAAAGAGAUCAAACAGAUCCAAGACGUGCUCAUUGAUAUAUGGCAAAAACACAUCAGGGAGUGGCACGAUACGGACAUUAACGGUCCAGAUCCUCCUGAUGAUCAAGCUCCUCCACCCCCAACAGACAAUACUCAAGGUAAUGGAUUGCCUUCUGGGAGUCAAACAAGUCCGCCACCUUCGCAGCCAUCAUCCAGCAACGCGCCAGUGAACCCGCAUUCAUCCGACCGAGAACAGCGCGGUCAUCGGAUACGGUAUCAUGGAGGGGGCGCUUUUUGCGUCAAAUGUGGCAAAUGCACAUCGCGCUUGGAACAUCUCAAUCUGCGUAUUCUCAAAAACAAAUGUCCAUUUCCGAAUCUUCCACCCAGCGCUUGGAUGGACACUCCUGGUAAGAUCAAUGCCAAAGCUCGUUUGGACAAGUUGGAGCGAGAUAUGAACACCAAGUACAACAUCCCAAAACACAGUUUGGUUUGGAACCGAAAGCUUGGAAAGGAGCCAAAAGACGAAGACUCAUACGGUAAGCUUUGGUGCCGUUUGUGUGGUCGCACGUUUGCGUGGCGCUACAGACACAACAACCUUCCCAAGACUGUAUGUCGACCUCUUGACAACAAGCCUAGCCCACCCGAAUGGGUCACAGCUAUGACUGCUGCCGAAGUCACGCGCCCUUCCGGAGUGGGCCCCAGCUCCGGGGGAGGUUCCACAGGCUCCGCCAUCCUGGGCAUCGCUUUCACCAGGAUUGGCGGGGAGGUCGCUGGAGGCACCGCCCCUGCUGACCCUGCCUUCGGCGGCGGCGGGGUCAAAGGACCACCGUGCCCGGCGUGGCGGGCGGGGCCUUUCCCCUUCAGGGACUUGGGUCUGGCGCCCUACGCAGACUUCGCUCUCUUUGUAAAUUUCCAGUCGAGGUUUUCCAGGUCCCUCAAGUUUCUCAACCACGUCUUGCAACCCGACGGUACCUUCAGGGCUGUCGAGGUCGCGGGCCCCCCUAACUUCGACUCCUGGCUCACCUCGUGGCAUGUGGAAAACGCGCAGUCCACUCUGGACCUCUAUAGAAAGACGUUCAGGGACCUGGCCGCGAAGGAUAGGUGCCGGGCCGCGCACUUCUGCCGGAUUAAGCGCCUUCUCCAGGAGCGCCACGCCCAAGGACUCGCCCCGGACUGCGACGCCGCGAGGCCUUGGGACGCUGUGUUCAGGUACGCGUGCCAAGACAGGGCGUACAUGGGACGAGCACGUUCGCGAUCCUGCCCUCCGCUUCCUUGCCACCAGAGGGGCCGGCACGAAGAGGCAGAUCGGCGACGGGGCAAGCCACGGAUCGCACCGGUGACGGGGUGCCCCCCCUCCGGCGCCGACCGGCACCCCCAGAAAAAGGCGCAGGAGACGAAGACCGGCGAAGGAGCAGCCGACACCGCCUACCACCCCACCACCCGCUCACACGAAGGCGCUCAGAUCUGCUUCCCGUUCGGCAUCGGCAGUGCAAAGGUGUCAGCGCACAAGGAGAAGGGGGCAGAUGGCGGGGCAGACGCGGCGGCCCCAACUGUGUUGCCGGAGUCAGCCCCCGGGCAGGGUGGAAGGAAGGCAGUCGAGAAAGCGGGAGGUGCGAGGGUCGAGGUGCUAGACCCGGCCGACAAGAUCGUUGGCGACAAGGCGUUUGACCUGGGUGACGAUGAUGAGUACGCCCAGCUGCUCCAGGGCCUCACGAACAAAGACCCGGACGGAGGAGAAGCCGGCGGGCGCCACGGCAGAGGAGAAAGAAGCGGACCUCCUAUAGCCGAGCUGCAGCUCGAGCUAAAAAAGGACUUCUCCAUUGAGAAUCCCGAGAGCUCCCUGAUCUGGAAGCUAAAGCCCUUCAAAAGGUUGCUCAGGCAGCAAAGCGUGAACUUUGUCGUGCUGGACCAGUGCGCUUACGGUGGCCCAUUCAGGAAACCCACCGGCCUCCUUUGCAGAGCCCCCUGGAUCGCCGAUACGGCGUUAAGGUGCGGCGACGUUCAGAGGCACAAGCACACCGCCCUCAAAGGCAAGGUUCACUCCUUCAAGCUGGACAAGGAGGUGUGGCUCACCAGCGAGGCGGCCGAGUACCCCACUGGACUUUGCGAGGCGUGGGCCGAUGGGUGGGUCAAGAGCCUCCCCCCCGAAGGGCGGGCCACUGUGACCCCGGGCCCCAGCGAGACGCUGGUCAAGGUGGGCAGGCACGGGAACACCUUGGUGAGAAGCAGCCAGGUUAGAGCCGCCAAGGGGGAGGUGGCCCAGGACCUUCAGCAAAAGCUGACUGAGGCUGGCGACCGAGCCGCACACAAAAUCAGCGAUCUACUGGGAAAGCCCGGGCUGGACCGCGUUGUGGGGCCCACGGGCUGGCGGUACGGUCUCAUGGAGGCAAUCACGGAGGCCGCCGGAGAUCCGGACACGGACGUCGCAGCAUGGUUCAGGGACGGCGCCCCUUUGGGAAUUUUAAACGUCAUCCCGAACCGGGGCGUGUUCCCCGAAGCGGGGUUGUCAGAGGCGCAGCGAGCGUCCCAGGAAUACUACGAAGCCCGGGGGGCACCCGAGGGCAGGGAGAACUACCGCUCCUUCGAAGAGUUUGCGGCGGAGUCAGAAGAGGAGCUCCAAAGGCUGGUUCGGGAAGGCCAUCUUGAAAAGAUCGGGGAUUGGUCCGACGUCGUUGCCCGAUGGCCGGACGCUAUCACCACCCGAAUCGCAACUAUCGUGAAGGAGCGGCCUUCUUACGGGGAGAGCGCAUGUCCAGAGGACACAUCGGGCAUGGGACGCCUGGCUGCGCCCGGUGUACUGGCUCCGCACGGACGCUUCAACCACCGGGCUGGGCGGGAUCCUCCUCUCAACCGAUGGACGGCCCCUCCGUUACUGGGCCGCUACCAUCACGGAAGAGGUGGCACAAUUUCUGGGAUCGGAGAAUCCAGCUCCAUGACCACCUUCGAGCUCCUCGCACUCUUUGUCGGGCUCAAGGUUUGGGGGCCCCGGCUCUUGGGAAAGCGGCUCGGGGUCCAGAUCCAAAUGGAUAACCAGUCCGCGCUCACUAUUGCCACGGCCUUGUCUUCCAAAGGCGACUCCAGCAAUCACCUUGCUUCGGAGAUCAGCCUUCUACUUGAGACCCUCCAGAUCGAGGCCCUGGACCCGCGCCAUUGGCGCAACACCAUCAACAUCGAGGCGGACGCGCUGAGCCGCCUCUCCGAGGGGAAAGUCCUCCCAAGAAGGUUGCAGGGACUUCCCCGGGACGAGGUGGACUGCAGCUUGGACCUCUUCGAGUUACGACGCUGGCCCGUGCCGAGCCCAGGUCAGCAGCCCUCCGCCCCUGCGUGCACCUCCGCAGCCGUUUGGGCCCCUAGCAUGUUGCUAGUGUGGCUCCUUCUGUGGGCCCUCGGCGGCGAACUGGCCGCCUGGGAACUUUGGGUUCUCGAAGGCCUGGACCUGUCGCUGCUCGCGUUCCUUUGCUGGCGCGGGGCGCGAUGCUGUGGAAGAUGGUGGGGCUCGCGGCCGCUAGCGUCCACCUGGGGCGAAAGAGGCGUCUACCUUCGGGACGGCACGGUCGCGUGCCGGUGCUGCCUCUACGAGGAAAACCGCAGGGGAGGCGCAGGGCAACUCCCGCCGGUGCAGCUCGACGAGGGGCCAAGGAUGACCCCGGAGGACGAUCCUCACCUUCAUGGCUGA